UUUCAGUCAUUAAUCUUUUUUGUUAUUAACGAAUCGAUAAUGAAAUUUUUAUUAAUUUUUUUCGUAACUUUUUACAUUGUAAAUCGUAUUUUUUGUGCAGUUCCAGAGGAUCCUCAAUAUUGGAGAAAAUUGACUAAAAAAACAUUGUAUUAUUCGAAAAAGUUUGUUCAUGCUAAUGAAAUCAAACAAGCUAAAAAUGCUAUUCUUUUUCUUGGUGAUGGAAUGGGUUUUCCAUCCAUUUCGGCUGCUCGAUUACUUAAACGACAAUUGACAGGUAAUUAUGGUGAAAAUUUAGCUUUUGAAAAAUGGGAUAAUGUAGCAGUUAUGAAGACAUACAACAUAGAUUUUCCAGUUCCAGAUUCAGCCGGAACUGCAACUGCAUUUUGUUCCGGAGUGAAAGCAAAUUAUGGCACGAUUGGUGUGAAUGGAAGAGUGCCUUUUAAAAGUACAGAUUGUUCAUUGAUGCUAGAAAACGGUGCGGAAACGAUCUAUGAAAAGGCUCUUAAAUCAGGUAAAAGUGUUGGAUUUGUUACUACGGCAAGUGUAACAGAUGCAACACCUGCUGGAACAUAUGCUCAUAUUUCGAGUCGUCAUUUUGAAUCAGGAUUACCUUUUGAAGAUAAAAGAUGCAAAGAUAUUGCUCGACAAUUGGUUGAAGAUCAUAAAGGUUAUCAAGUAAUGCUUGGUGGUGGUAGAAAACACUUUCUACCCGAAGGAAAAGAAUCUGGUGGAAGAAAAGAUGGACGUAAUUUGUUCGAACAAUGGCAAGAAGAUAUGAAAAAACAAAACAAAAGAUAUAAAUUUGUUUCAACAAGAAAAGAAUUGUUAGCUACUGAUUAUAACAAAAUUGAUUAUCUGUUUGGAUCAUUCAGCAGCAGCCAUAUGAAAUUUCAUAAAGAAUUAAAAAAUGAUUCCAGUGAAACAGAACCAACAAUAACAGAGAUGACAGAAGCAGCUGUGAAAAUUUUAAAAAAGAACCAAAAAGGAUUCUUAUUGUUAGUCGAAGGAGCCAAAAUCGAUAAAGCUCAUCACCUAAAUCAAGCAUAUUAUUCAUUAAAUGAUCUAUUGGCAUUUGAAAAUGCAAUUAUGAAAGCACAAUCAAUACUUGGAAAUAAAGAAACAUUGAUGAUAGUCACAGCAGAUCAUUCGCAUAGUUUUACACAUAGUGGUAAUGCCUUAUUUACCGAAGAUGUUUUUGGUUUCAGUAGUUAUCCCGAUAAAGAAGGAAAAAAUUUUACCAAUUUAAUUUAUUCAACCGGACCUGGAUAUAAUAGCUCAAGAGAAUUUACAAAAGAACAAAUCAAACAACCUGAUUAUAAACAAUUAUCGGCCGUACCAUUAGAUAGUGCUACACAUGGUGGCGAUGAUGUUGGUGCUUUUGGAACGGGACCAGGAUCAAAUUUAUUAAGAGGAAGUCAAGAACAAACAUACGUAGCUCAUUUGAUGGAAUUUUCAACAUGUAUUGGUGAAUAUGCAAAUGAACCACAUUGUUCCGGAUGUAAAAUACUAAUAUUUUCAAAAAUACUUAUACUGAUCGUAUUCAUUUCACAUUUGAUUCGUUUUUCUUUUGAUUAAUUUUCAUAUCCUUAAAAACAUCUGUAUACCAAUC